AUGGAAAAACACCACGAGGAAAGCUGUUUGACUCAGAUGUCAUCUCAUUCUGAAGAGCUGACUUCAACAACGCAGCUGGAUGUUUCAGAAACAUUUAUAACCAUAGAAACAAAAGAUGGCCUGAGUUCAGAAAAGAUUCCAUUUUCUCAAUUUUUAAAGAAGGUUAUAAUAGACAAGGAAUCUGGGAAUUUGAAAAUUGAUCUUGGUCAACUUUUAGCCCAGAAUAGCUCUACAAAUCUAAUACAAGCAGCUGCAGGC